ACAGGCGGGACUGAGAGAGAGCGAGAGAGAGAGAGAUAGAGAGAGAGAGAGAGAACCCCCUCAUUAUCAAAACCCGUCAUCUCAGCAUGUCACCUCAGUAAUGAGAGCAGAGUCAUAGGGGGGAAGACAGACCCAGAAAGUAGCAGUAAGGACAGAUAGUUGUUGAGACACCACUGAUAUCAGCAUUUAUUUACACUUUAUUGAGAGAAGAGAAGAGAAGAGAAAACGUUCCUUUGGACAGUGUUUCCCUCUACAGCAUGGCGGUCAGGUGGAACCUCCUGAUUCUGGCUCUGCACCUUUCCCUCCCUGUAGUCCUGUCCUGCCAACCAGGAUUUAUUAUGCUUGACAACAAAUGUAUAGACAUAGAUGAAUGUGUUGACAUUGAUGGUAAUCCUGGUUCUGGACCAUGUGAAAUGUAUUCCACUUGUGUGAACACAGAAGGAAGCUACUCUUGCGAAUGUUUUGAUGGUUUCAGCUCAAAAUCAAGUACACAAUGUGCAGAUAUCAAUGAGUGUUCGACCCAAAAAGACAUCUGUGGACCGAACGCUGAAUGUAAGAAUACAAUUCCACAUUAUUCCUGCACCUGUAAGGAAGGAUUCAUUUCCACAGCAGGAAGAAAGACUUUUGGCCACAUUGACAAAGAUACAUGUACAGAUGUUGACGAAUGUAAAGUUGACAAGGUGUGUGAUCAGAAUGCAACAUGCAACAACACACUGGGCAGUUAUCACUGUUUCUGCAACCCUGGCUUUGGACUGACAUCUGGCCAGUCGUACUAUACUGGGACACAGGGUCAAUGUGAAGACAUAUGUAAGGUUGAUAAGACAAUCUGUGGAAAUGGAACCUGCCACCGUGGAGCUAAUGGUCAUCACUGUGCUUGCCAUGCUGGAUUUACCAACUAUGGCAACAAUGGGUCUCGCUGCACUGCGUUAAACUGUGAUGUUUACAAAGAUACAAGCUAUCUGAGAGCGACAUUUCCUGUUGCACACGACCUGGUGGUGCAGUUGAAUAAAAGCUGUCUAGAGCUGACAGAAAGUGAGGAUUCAACAGAGCUGGACGGAGAGGAAUUACUCAAGAGACUGUUGUCUGUCAUCGACAAUCUCUUGUCCGGUGAAACCUUCAGCGAUAACAGGAAAGUCUCCAUCUUUCUUGACUUGGUGGAAAACACACUGAAGCUCAUAGGACCUUUCAUGAAGCCCCCAGGAACCAAAAUAUCAUCUACUCACACAGAGCUGCAGCUGCUGCUGCAUAAGGGAGCUGACUUACCCCAAGGAGCUGUGGUUUUAUCAUCAAUGCAAGCUCAGCUGGACAUGCAGAUGGAGACAGCUGCAGGAGAUCCUUCCUCUUACCCUGGCUUUACAGCAGUGUCCCUGCUAAGCUAUGCAAACCUGGAAGGCUCUGCAGAGGGUUUCUACAGUGGAAUGAAACCAAAAGGAAAGGAACGUUUUAAGAUCAACUCUAAAGUAGUGACUGUUUCUGUCAGCAACACAAACACAAGCCAUCUCCAAGAGCCUAUCAAGUUAACCUUUAACCACCUGGAAAAGAGAAACCAAACCCACGCGUGUGUGUUCUGGAACUCCUCAGAGGAAGGGGGGACGUGGUCUGCUCGUGGCUGCAGUGUGGUGGAGUCCAAUCCUGAAUACACUGUGUGCUCCUGCAACCAUCUGAGCAGCUUUGCUGUGCUCAUGGCACUUUAUGACUUGAAGGACAGGUUUGAGUUAGAGCUGAUCUCAUGGGUGGGUCUUUCCCUGUCACUUAUCUGCCUCUUCAUCUGCAUCCUGACGUUCUGGUUUAUACGCUCCAUCCACAGCCCCAGAACAACCAUCCACCUUCACCUAUGCAUCAGUCUCUUCAUUGCCAACCUCAUUUUCCUCGUAGGCAUCUCUCGUACAGAAAACCCGGUUGGCUGUGCAGUGGUUGCCGGGUUGCUGCAUUUCUUCUUCCUGGCUGCAUUUUGCUGGAUGUGCCUGGAGGGCAUACAACUCUUCAGGAUGGUAAUCCUGGUCUUUAACACCAACUUCAAAACCCUCUACAUGAUGGCAGGUGGCUAUGGAGUCCCAGCUGUAAUCGUCGCUAUCUCUGCCUUAGUUAACGCCAAGGGAUACGGCACUGAUAGACAUUGCUGGUUGAAGCUGGAUUUCAUUUGGAGUUUCUUUGGCCCCGCCUGUGUCAUCAUCAUUAUAAACAUUUUCUUCUUUCUCAUGACUGUGUGGAAAUUGGCACAGAAGUUCUCAAGUUUAAACCCUGACCUGGACAAUCUGCAGAAAAUAAAGGUUUUCACCAUUACUGCAGUGGCUCAGCUGUGUGUGUUGGGCACCAUGUGGAUCUUUGGAUGUUUCCAGUUUGAGGAGGGCACCAUUGUAAUGUCCUACCUGUUUACCAUCUUUGGCAGCUUUCAGGGGGUCAUGCUCUUCGUCAUGCACUGUCUCUUUUCUAAACAGGUGAGGGAGGAGUAUGGAAACAUCCUGUCAAAAUGCUGUGCACCCAGGAAGAAGACAUACUCAGAGUUCAGCUCCUCCAACUCCAGCAAAGCGCCGGCAUCCAAGAGCAGCCAUGACACCGGAGAGUCUCACAUCUGAGGUGACGACAGUCACAGGGGAGCAAGGUCCACUCAUCUCCUAAAGAUUGCAAUCUCAGACAUACAGCCAACUACUGCCCUGCAAUAUGUAGCCAAUGCACCAGAUUGCUUCAUUGCAAAAUGUUGUAUAUAGAAUAUUCUUUACAUUUUAAUGUAUUACAAUGGAACUGGAAUGUGUAUUAUAAUUUAUUAUAAAUGGACGACUGUCUUAAAAAUGAGAGCUAACAUUGAUCAGCGGGGAAAGUCAUCAUGGAGAUUAUUUUUUUAAACUGAAUGACGUGAUAUUUAAGCAAAGCUGUAUAGAUUUUUCAUGAUUAAAGUCCAUUUGCUUUCCUUGGAUUCCAACACUUGGAAGUAUUAUCUGAAUGGACAUUUAUGCAACUUGUUUUUUCAAAAGUCUCCACAAGUUUCACAGUUUUCACAUGUAGAAAAUAAUGUUCAAGGGACCUGUUUAUCCCACCAGCAGAGACAAUCAGAAAGAAACAGACUAAGUAGAGCACUAGUAGAGAAAUAGACUUUAAAUGAAAGUAGGAGUAUUUUUAUAUAGAGAGGCAAUUUAGUUUAUAUUUCAGUUAUUUACUGCAUUCCCUUUCCCCAAGCAUGAUGUAACAUAUUUAAUGUAGUAUAUCUAAUUGACAAGAGUUCUUUAUGUACAUAGUUUAGGGAAUAAAUGUGUCAAAACUUGAAUCAGCAAAACCUUUCUUGUUAUUGUAGGUUAGAUUAUUAGUAUUGUUUUAAGCACAAGUGUAAAGUUUAUAUCAGAGUUAUUUUAUUAGAUUUUGUGUCCUCAUGAUGUAAAUUAAUGUUGUUGUUGUUUUUUUUUUACUGUUUUCAUAUAUUGCUUUUCCUGUAAGCUUUAAAUUAAAUAAAUAUUGGUAUGUUUUAAAAAA